UUGCAAUAUAACAACAUUAACUAAUGUUGUUCUCUAAGUAUUCAAUUCAUCAACCAUACUAUUCAACCAUCAUGUUCUCCUUCAGCUUACCGUUCUUUGCUGUACUCCUCUUCUGCACAGCCACCGAACAACCAUACAAACCCACUGAUAUCAUCUUCCUCGACUGCGGUUCAUCCACUACUUCAUAUUCAAAUUCUGAUCAGAGAUAUUGGGAUGGCGAUGAGCAUUCUGAAUUCGUGCCUUCCAACAUCACCACCACCUCCUUCUCAUCGACCCCCGACCAGCUGGAUUCUUCUGUCCCCCAAAUCCCUUACUCCACCGCUCGAAUUUUUAACUCUUCUUCCUUUACCUACACAUUUCCUGUCUCCCAAGGUCCAAAAAUCCUCCGUUUACAUUUCUAUCCUGCUACCUACUCCGGUCUUAACACCGAACAAUCUUUCUUCGAUGUAUCAUCCAAUGGCUUCUCUCUUUUAACCAACUUCAGCGCUUUCCUAGCCCUCUCUUUUCCGAGAAACACCCACACCACCGAUGCAGUAGUCAUCAAAGAAUUUGACAUCCGUGUAAAAGAUACACAAAUCCUAAACGUUACCUUUACACCUUCACCCAAUUCAUAUGCCUUCAUCAAUGGCAUUGAAAUCAUUUCAAGGCCUCAAAACCUGUAUAGCCCAAACCCGAAACUUAUUCCUACAAGCACACCAAAAGGGCAGACUGGAAAAGGACAGACACCAAUUGUUAUAGGGAAAAAGAAGAAAACUCCAUAUCCCAUGAUGAUUGGAGGAAUUGGUGGAGCCUCUAUCUUGUUGUCUGUUUUAGUAUUUAUAGUUUUCUGGAGAAGGCGAGUCAAACACUAUGGUGUGGUGGACGAGAGGUCAUCAGAUGGAUGUCGUCGUUUUUCACUUGAAGAGAUGAAAGCAGCUACAGAUGAAUUUAAUGACAGCUUCAUCAUAGGCAAAGGAGGGUUUGGUAAGGUGUACAAAGGGUACAUGGACAUGGACAAUGCUACAACCAUUGUUGCAAUCAAGCGGCUAGACUCAUCAUCCAGACAAGGUUUUCAAGAAUUCCGAACAGAAAUUGGGAUGUUAUCUAAACUACGCCACGUUCAAUUAGUGUCUCUGAUUGGAUAUUGUGACGAUGAGGGAGAGAUGAUACUAGUGUAUGAUUAUAUGGCACACGGGACUCUACGAGAACAUCUCUACAACGCAAAUAAACCCCCUCUAUUAUGGAAACAACGUCUCGAAAUUUGCAUUGGUGUAGCCAAAGGAUUGCAUUAUCUCCACUCGGGUGGAAAGCGUACAAUAAUUCAUGGUGAUGUCAAGUCCACAAAUAUCUUACUGGAUGAGAACUGGGUUGCUAAGUUGUCAGAUUUCGGUUUGUCAAAGCUAGGCUCUGAAGAUGAGUCAGAAACACAUUAUACGGUGGUGAAAGGUAGUUUGGGGUAUGUUGAUCCCGAAUAUUGCUGGACACAACAACUGACAAAGAAGUCUGAUGUGUACUCAUUUGGAGUGGUUCUUUUUGAAGUGUUGUGUGCAAGACCUGUUAUCGAUGCAGGGUUGCAAGACGAACAAGUAAGUUUGGUAGAAUGGGGCAAGACUUGCUGUCGAAAGGGAACCCUACUGGAAAAUAUUGAUCCAAAACUAAGUGGGGAGAUCGCACCUGGGUGUCUACGGAAGUUUGGAGAUGUAGCAAGUAAAUGCUUGCAUGAGGAAGGGAGUGAGCGACCUGCAAUGGAGGAGGUAGUUAGGCAACUAGAGUUUGCAUUGCAACUACAACAAGAUGCUGAGAAAGUGGAUGGUCCUGUGACAAUCGCGAAAAAUCAAGAACUUUUGUUUAUCAUUUAAAAUUGUAAAGAAAACUGGCCAAAAUAUUAUAAAGUGCAUUUGGUUAAAUUGGUCAUA